GCAGCCCAAAAAAAAAGAACCAAGCAAGCCGACGCACCUCCCUUUGAGAAACCGGUGAGAAAGCUUGGUUUGGCCUUCUUUUCUUGUUCAAGAACAAGAUUGGAGCCUUGAAACCUUCCCCCCCUGCAGAGAAUUUCGGAUCUGCUCUGUCCUUCCUCCCCUGUCCGCCGGCUGAUAGUGGCCCGCGUGUUCUGCUCUUCUUUUCUUCCCCCUGCAACCGGCCGAAAGCCCCAGCUGCUGCCACCCAUUUCCGGCUGAAAAACCGGAGUUUCCGGAUCUGCUCUGCUUGUCCGUCCGUUGCUGCUGCUAGGCCCGAAAUUCUGGGCAUUUUUAGGUUCUUGAUCCUUGGGGUACUUUAGUACGUGAAUUGAGUGCUCGAUUUUAUGCAAGUGAGGAAGCGAAACCGAGGACGGGGAAACCAUGGGAAGUGACGAGUUAGAAGGCUAGCCAUUUCGAGAUUGAUAUAGAUUUUAGAAAUAAAUCGUGAUCUUAUUGUGAAUUGGAUAAGUUCCGAGCCUUGUGCAUUUGUGGGACCCUCUCAUGAGUGCAUGGCGUCUGGCACGUCCUCGGAUUUGGGUUCUGAGGCGUGAUAGGUUCCGUGAGCUUCCCCCUGCACUGCCGUCGGCUUCUCCCCCUGCCAAGUCCGGUUCUGUUGGCUGAAAUUCUGAAACUGGGGAUGAAUUCUGGUAGCUUUAGGACAAAUUUAAGCAUUAAUUCAAGUGGGAUUUAUAUGAUUGAGUGUUAAUUGACUGCUGUGUGAUUUUUGGAGAAAAUCCCGUGAAUUAGCUAGUGUUUUGGCCAAUUUUUGGAAGUUGCAGUACUGUUCACGGCGUGAGCACUGUUCAUGCACUGUU